AUGUCCAAGAACAGCCUCGAUAACCUAGCUCCAAGCGUCAAGCCUCUUCUUUUCGAUCCACGUAAGAAGAAAGCUCCACAACAGCUACUUACCCAAAAAUCAAAUUUUAAUGAGCGAGCAGCUCAACCAUCCAUUGAUACAGAGAUGGGAGACACCCUCGAUCCGGAGCCUGGUGUACUCGACCCUCAGAAGGGUAGUCAAGGAGUUGCACCAACUCAGCCAGCGGAGAAGAAAGAAGCGGUAAUAUUCGGCUCCGGCAUGUAUGGAACAGUCUCUGCAGGUGGUAACAAUAAAUUCCAAUCAUCGAAGAUAUUUGGAAUGUCGUUCAAUGGCGGCAAAAAAGUCGACGAAGACACGCUUAAGCUUCAGCUCGGAGCUGUCAAUGAUGAACUAAGAACCUAUAAAAAGGAUAGCAAGGAAAGAUUCGACACACUUGAGGGGGAAAUCGUCAGCCUCAAAGCCGAGAACCGUCAAUUAGAGGAUAAGAAUUUGGACAAAAGCAAGCAGCUCCAAGACCUUCUUGGUAUAGCAUCAGGAGCAGAUUGGAAGGAUACAGCGUCUGAGAAUGCAGCUGCGAGCAACUCCAUUAUCGAACGUUUGCGAAACGAGAAGGGUACAUUGACCAAGUACAAUGGUCGAAUUAUUCGAGAAAAAAAGGACCUAGAGAAGAAAGUUGAUGAACUUGAGGAGAAAAUCAAUGGUCUAGAGGGCGAAGAUCAAUCCAUGACUCGCAGAUUACAAGCUGCACAAGAUGUAUGGGAAGCUGCGAAGAUUUGUCACCAGACCGAGAUGGACCAAUUACGAACACAACACAACGAACUCAGGAACGCUUUUGAUGGACGUGAAGAUGAUUACAGGAAGCUAAACGUUCAGGUCAACGGACUACAGGCCGAGCGGGACCAUCUUAGGCAGUAUAUUGCUGAUAUCCAAGCACUAGACCUCUCUGAGGUUGUAAUUGAGACACUCACCACGGAGAGAAACAAUUUCAGAGAUGAACUUGAGAAAGCUCGAGCACAAGGCAUUUCUGAGGAAAGAAUUCAGUCACUCACCAAUGAGCGGGACCAAGCUAUGCAACAGCUGAACCAUACCACACAACAGCUCAAUCAUUCCGUGCAAGAAGAAAGCGAUGCGCAGGUAAAAAUUGCCUCCAUAAUGGCGGAGAUCGAGCAAAUGAAGCCAGAAUUUCACCGUGUUUCCGAAAGAGCUGACACCGUUGAUGGUCUGAAUCAAAUCAUUCACUCACUCCAGACAGAGCUUAACACAGCCAGGAAUGACCUCAACAAUGCCAAUGCUGAACGCUCGCAAGCCAUCGAAGCUAAAGAACAGGCCAUAUUGUCCGCUAACCAAGCUUUCUUCGAUUUCAGUGCCACCAAUUCUGCCAAUGUGAUCCAACAGCUUCGCACGUCAAUCGAAAAUCUUGAAACCGAGAAGACCAUGCAUCAAAUGAAGAUCAACACGCUUGAGGCCGACAUCACCAAGAUCCACGGAGACUACGAACACAAGUUGCUCGCUGUUCAACAAAACCACCAAUGCAUUGCCGAUGAAAAGGAUGCGGCGAUUGAAGGCCACCAGAAUAAGCUGUCUUUGGUGAUUAGUCAACAUCAGAAAAUGGUCAACGACAAGGAUGAGAUGAUUGAACGACUCAGAGCUGAAAGUUCUGCUGGUAAAGCUUCUGUCCAAGAACUUGUCUUGGAAGCGAAAAAAUCCGCUGGUGCUUCUGAGUUGGAAAAGAACUAUAUCAAAGGUGAACUUGAUGCUGCCAAGAAUUCAGUACUGGAGAUCCAAUCUUCCAACAAACUAAUUCGGGGGGACCUCACCAAGCUUCAAACAGAGAUUGAAUCGGCGAAGAAUCACAUCGUGAAGACCGAUACGAAGGCAAAGUUGGCAGAGAAACGCUUGGCGGAGACAGUAGAGCUAUUUGUCAAAGAGCAAAAUGCUCACAAAGAGUGGAAGAAAAAUCACUCUAAUGCUGUCAAUGGUCUUGUAGGCAUGGGUAAAACUUCGAUGCUCAAGGAAUAUUUUGCUAAAAAAGUAUCCUCAAAUACAACUGAUCAAGACGACCUUUUUGAGGUAGAAGAGAAAUCGGUAACUCCAGUCCGUACACGUACUGUCGUACGUGACGCACCACCCAGAGUCUCUUCAUUUGUAGCAGACGCGUCUGACAUUGAGCUCAUGAGAGCGACCACUCGAGCUGGACUCGAAAACGCUAGAGCUAAUGCCAAAGCCGAAUUCACUGAAGAUGUGAAGACCGAGCUCCGAAAAGAAUUAGCUGAGAGCAUCAAGGUCGAACUCAGAGAAGAAUUGGCUGAAAGCGUCAAGGCCGAAAUCGAGGAAGCACUUUUAACAUCUUCCACAAUUCUCGGUCAAGAUGUUCAAACUAGCCAGGAUUUUGCCAUGGCUAUUGAAGGACAAGACAACAGCCUCAAUCUUGCGGGUAUUGUCACAUCCGAUCCUGCAACUUCAACAUUUGUACACGAGACCGCUAAUCGUGAUGGAUCAGCCAUGAAUGGCUCAUUACCUGAUGGACAAACUCCAAUUCCAGUGAUUUUCAGUAAGAGAAAAUCACUUUCUAGGCCUAAGGUUUACUCUUGGUCAAUGUUUCUCUUCAUCCUUUUGUUAACCUGUUCUUUGGUUGGCUACCUUAGAGGCCCUGACAUCUCCUCUACCCCAGGGGUUGUCGGCUUAAUUGACGCCCCAAGACCGGCAAUUAUCCCAGUUGCCACAAUAAACGCAUCUCAUUUUGCGACGCGCACGGUCUCUCGAUUAGCGGUAAUACCAGCAACGGCUUCAGCUUCUGUGGAAAUCCCUCAGGUCACAACAGUUGCUGUUUUAUCUGGAAAUUCCGACUACUUAACCCCAAUUUUAUACCGAAGCGGACUCAUCCACCUGCACCGAUUCGUCGUCAAGGUCAAGUCAGUCGUCGCUACCUGGGAAGCUUUCAAGACUUCUUUUGAAUACGUUGCUAGUUUUUUUCCUGACAAGCAUUAA